AUGUUUGUUACUAGCUACAAAUAUAUUGCCAUUUUGGCACCUCUGUUCAUACUGUCGCUCACAUCUAAUGCUAAGGGCAAUGAUAUCGAUCUAACACAAUAUGUCGAUCUGUUCAUUGGAACUGAAGGCAGUGUUGCUGGCACAUCUUACAAUGGUGGAAACGUUUUCCCUGGCGCAGCUGUGAUUGUUACGUGGCUAACUUCUUUGCUCAAUAGCCAUGAUGUGGACGAGAAGAGGAAAGUCGAUGUGAAUGCAGGAUAUUCACCCGAUGGGAAUGUAUCUGCUAUAUCCUUCUUGCAUGAGAGCGGAACAGGAGGCGCACCUAAGUAUGGGGUGAUAUCUCAGAUGCCACUUUCAACCCUUGACGGGGUGGACGUAGCCAACAACAGGACAUAUAUGCAACCUCGAGUCGGCAAAGACUCCGCGUCAGUGGGGUAUUAUAAGACUAGGUUCCGAAAUGGAAUUACAGUAGAGAUGUCUGCUACUGACCACGCCGGGAUUCUCCAAUAUACAUAUCCAUCUUCUACAGGAAAGUUUGUCUUAGUUGACUUAAGCCAUUAUUUGCCAACCCAUGGAGAACCAAGCGCAAACCAGAUGUAUAGCAAUGGGAAGAUUGAUAUACAGGGCGGUGGGCGGAUGUACACCGGAUAUGGUAUUUAUCGAGGAGGCUGGAACGAAGUUCGAGGAGAGGCAAAGUUUUCAAAUCAGCAAACAAUCACAGGAGGACGAGAAGGUUAUCAGUAUGCAGACAGAAUCGGAGCUGUUUUCGAGUUUCCAUCAGGCACGAGGACUUUAAAAUCCAGGAUUGGCGUCUCAUUUAUUUCAACCGAGAAAGCAUGUCAGUUUAUUAAUGAGAUGAGGUCCUGGAACAUCAACGAUACCGUGAAUGACGCAAAGGGUCGGUGGAAUAGUGAAGUCCUGGGCACAGUGACAACGUCGGAUACCAAUAUAACGAGGCGGACAAUGUUGUAUUCCGCUCUAUAUCGUUCGCAUCUGCUUCCUAGUAACAGAACGGGUGAAAACCCAUAUUGGGAAUCGGCAGAACCUUACUAUGACGAUUAUUAUGCCAUAUGGGAUACCUUCCGAUGCCUGAAUAGUUUCUACUUAUUAACCAAGCCUCAGUUCGCGGCAGAAACCAUCCGUUCCUUGAUUGAUAUCUGGAGAUUCGAGCGUUUUAUGCCUGAUGGUCGAAGUGGCAAUGCAAACGGAAGAAGAUUAUUAUUGCUGACUAUGGAGACACAGGUUCAAGGAGGUAGCAAUGCAGACAAUAUCCUGGCAGACGCAUAUGUCAAAGGCCUUCAAAAGGGCGUUAACUGGACAGACGGGUAUUUAGCAAUGAGAACAGACGCUGAAGUAGUACCAUACAAUAACUUCGGGCCGGCAGAUCUGACUGGCUCCACAAAGGAAGGGCGUGGUGCCCUUCCAGAUUGGCUUCGGUAUGGGUAUGUGACUCCGAGUUUUGGUAGAAGCAUUAGCCGGACAGUUGAGUACUCGUUAAAUGACUUUGCUCUGAGCCAAGUUGCCAAGGAUCUAGCACCAGAAGAUUAUGAUAAGUAUCUGAACCGGAGCGCCGGGUGGCAGCGAAUAUGGCACAAAGACAUCAGCAGCCUCAACUUUACAGGGUUUCUAGCACCAACUUGGCCGAAUGGUUCUGUGACACCGGAGUAUGAUCCUCUCGAUUGCGGAGAAUGUGAAUGGAGUUCCCAUAGCUAUGAGGCGUUGCCAAUUGAAUACGGAUGGACUGUUCCAUUUGAUAUGAAAUCCCUAAUCAAAUUCAUGGGCGGGGAAAAAACAAUGGAGCAAAGGCUCGAUCAGAUGUUUGUUCCAGGACUCCGGAAAGGGGAUGUGGGUUCUGGCGGAACAAACACGCUAGGUAGCCUCAACCUCCUUGAUUCUACUCGACCGUCUGGACUUCCAGGGAAUAGUGACGCAGGAGCUAUUGAUAGCUGGCUGAUAUGGAACUUGCUGGGCCUGUACCCUGUGGUAACGCAGCCAGUUUAUCUGCUAUCAAGUCCGUGGUUUAACAAUGUUUCCGUUGCGGUGGGUGAUAACUCAAGGCUCACGAUCACAGCGCAAAACCUCGGUGAGGACAGCUAUUUCGUCCAGAGUGUCAAGGUCAACGGUAAGCUAUGGACUAAGAGCUGGGUGAGUCAUGAUGAUAUCAAAGACGGUGGGACCCUCGAGUUCGUAUUGGGCCCAGAAAAGAAGAGUUGGGAUACGGGAGAACUUCCGCCUAGCCCUGGACAUGUCGAGCUGGAUUUGUAG